AUGACCAAUAUACAUCGGUUUGUAGACAUACCUUCAGACGCUGAUGAUUGCAACCUAGAGCCUCGCGUCAAAGAACAUUUUGUAGGAUUUGGCAUUCUUCACCAUUCUUCAUCAGUUACAGGGGAUGCCAUUACUGGUCGAAAACAUGUGUGGUCAACUUCGACACGCCGCUGGGAGGUUCUGAAACGACAUGUCCCAAAUCUGACAGUGAAACCAUUAAGUGAUACAAGAUGGGAAAACCAUAUUAGUUCUUUGAAAGCUCUUCGCUAUCAGCUUGGCAGUAUAUUUGAUGCCUUAAUUGAAAUCUCUGGCAAUUCUUCACGGGUUGAGGCACGCGGACAUUUCAAGUUCAACGUUUUCCUCGUUGUUUGGAAUGACGAAGAAUAUGUAAAAGCGAUAGUAAAUGUAAAGGAACUUGAGGAGGAGUUGGACAUAUCAGCAGAAUUUGAAUCAGAGCUAGUCCAUAUUAGGAGAAGGAAGAAACAGAUCACAUACGAGGGAGAUGAUGAACCAAUUCAGAAUCCCAAGCAAAAGCUGAAGUGCAUCCCCACGAGACAUUCUGACAGACAGUGUUCCAAAUGUAGUUAUUGUAGUGUCUCCCCACAAGAUAUUCUGACAGACAGUGUUCCAAAUGUAGUUAUUGUAGUGUCUUCCCCACAAGAUAUUCUGACAGACAGUGUUCCAAAUGUAGUUAUUGUAGUGUCUCCCCCACAAGAUAUUCUGACAGACAGUGUUCCAAAUGUAGUUAUUGUAGUGUCUCCCCCACAAGAUAUUCUGACCGACAGUGUUCCAAAUGUACUUAUUGCUUUACGUAUUCUCUUGACACUCCCUGUAUCUGUGGCCAGUGGUUGGAAAAGUUUUUCCAAACUAAAACUAAUAAAAACGUAUUUACGCUCAACCAUGACGCAAGAAAGACUUGUUGGGCUUUCAACUCUGUCAAUAGAACAUGAAAUGGCUGAGAAAUUGGACUUGAAACAACUUGUUCGAACAUCUGCCAGAAAAAAAGCACGAAAAGUAAAAUUUUGA